UUACAAAAGUUAUGGAGUCUUUAAUCGUGGUUCUAAGAUGAGGCGUCAUUGAAUGUCACGUCAUCAUUAUUCGUGUUGUUGACUAUUUCAAGGGUGUGGCGCGUAGAGCGUCACGUAUAUAUCUAUUUUCAUAAAAGGUCAUGAUACGGUUUCUGAGAUCGGAUUGGUUGUUCCUGUUUAAAAUCUGACAAGAGUAUGGAUGUGUCAGCUGUAUGACAGAUCGCAUAGGUAGUUUUUCUCAGUUUUAUUAUCUCAUUUGAUUAAUUAAUUAAGAUAUAUUAACUUUGUAAAUAAGAGAUAGGCUAGUUAAACAGUGCAUAUAAAGGUAUAAAGAUUAGUGCAUAAAAUAAAGAUAUAUAGUGAAUCAGAUAUUGAUUUUUAUCGAAUACUUGAUAAAAUUACACGUAUACACGCAAUUACCUAUUAAUUAAAUAUAAAUAUAUACGAUAAUAUAAAUAUAUACGAAAUAAAAUACAUAAAGAAAUCAGGAAAAAGGACAUAUGACUAUAAAAAAGCAUCUCUAAGAGAAUAAUAUUUGAGAAACAAAAGGUGAAAAAGAUUGUAUUGAUGUAGUUUUCGUGUGUAACGAAAAAAUAAAAGUACAAUUGAUUUAAUGUACUCUAAUUAACGUCAGCCUAAUCGAUUUUUAUCACUGCGCAUUGUCGUAAAGCGGAUUGAGCGCAGACGAAUAAAAAGAAAAAAAAAUAGGAGUAUUUGUCAACAUCCAAACGUAAUCAUCUUCUUCCAUUAAGAUAUGCCAGGGGUUACAAACAUGUCAUUGGAUCACAUGUUUUGUUCUCGCUGCAGAGAAGGUUUUGCUGCACAUGAAAAAAUUGUCAACUCACAUGGCGAGUUAUGGCACCCACAAUGUUUUGUAUGUGCACAAUGCUUCAGGCCGUUUCCAGAUGGAGUCUUCUAUGAGUUUGAAGGUUACAAAUAUUGCGAGCAUGACUUUCAUGUUCUAUUUGCCCCAUGUUGUGGCAAGUGCGGUGAGUUUGUCAUCGGUCGUGUAAUUAAGGCGAUGAAUUCAAAUUGGCAUCCACAAUGUUUCCGCUGUGAAGAAUGUAAUGGUGAAUUGGCAGAUGCAGGCUUCAUCAAAUGUCAAGGCAGAGCAUUAUGUCAUACCUGCAAUGCUAGAGUAAAAGCUGGAGUCCUCGGAAAACAUAUAUGCCAUCAGUGCCACGGAGUGAUCGACGAUAAACCUUUACGAUUCCGCGGCGAGCUAUAUCAUCCGUAUCACUUCAAUUGUACGGCUUGCGGUGUAGAACUUAAUUCUGAAGCUAGAGAAGUUCGCUCGCGACCCGGCUAUGCUGCCAACGAAAUGAACGAGCUAUAUUGUUUGCGGUGUCACGAUAAAAUGGGAAUUCCCAUCUGCGGUGCCUGUCGACGUCCGAUUGAAGAACGUGUGGUAACAGCUCUUGGCAAACAUUGGCAUGUAGAGCAUUUUGUGUGCGCAAAAUGCGAGAAGCCAUUCCUAGGUCAUCGUCACUACGAGAAAAAAGGUCUCGCAUAUUGUGAGACUCAUUAUCAUCAACUGUUUGGAAAUCUUUGCUUUGUUUGUAAUCAAGUUAUUUCUGGAGAUGUUUUCACGGCGUUGAACAAGGCAUGGUGCGUUCACCAUUUCGCAUGUGCAUUCUGUGACCAGAAAAUGAAUCAGAAAACAAAGUUUUUCGAGUUUGAUCUGAAGCCCGCAUGCAAGAAGUGUUACGAUAAAUUUCCGCAAGAAUUGAAGAAACGGAUGCGACGUAUGUACGACUUAAAUCCCAAGAGAAUACCAGCAUAAGAAUGAAGAUCCAACUUACGUGCAUUUGCAAAUAUAAUGAAUAUUUGUUCAUUGUGUAUAGUGCCUUAUCCGUUAAUGCCGACGCAGAGAAAAUGUAUUUAACCGCUUAUUGCAAUAUUAUUAAAUACUAAUUUUUGUAUUGAUCAGACUAUUAUUAAUGAAAACAAUUCUUGUACACUUAUAUGUAAUAAAAAAUGAAGGUAAUUAUAAAUAACAUUUAAUGUA